AUGGCGGAAGAGCUGACAAGAGAACUCGAGCGAGGGAUUAGGCUGAGCCCGGAGAGCAAGCGACCCCGCACCACCCCCCUGCACGACCCCUUCUUCGUGGGCACCCCGGAGGAGGCGGCGCUUCAUCUUCAACGAUUGGAAGGAAGGAUGAAGAGGAAGAGCGAGGACUUCACCAUCCUCAACAAUGAGAUGCAGUUGUUGGGAUCGAAUCCCCAAGUGCAAGAGAUGCCAAACAACAACCGAGGCUGCAAGAUUCCGCGCAGAUCGCGGGCGCAGGCGAGCGUGGUGGACAUCGAUGCCCUCAACCGCAAGCUCUCCACCUUUGACCUCAGCGACACC